GGUGAAAUCACAUCCACCUGACCUCAUCCUAGACUAGACUAGUCGUCGACUCGUCGUCUCGGAAUAGGGUAGGCGAGGCGACCCGAAUCCGCGUGGGGACACGUUUGCGCGGCUGCAGCCGCGCAAUAACUACUGGGCACCGGCGCACGAACGCCGCGUGCUCCCCGACCACCAGCUCCAAUUCCCUCCCUCCAAAGCCCCCCCCCCCAAUCCCUUCACACUGUUCUGCCCAACACCCAAUUGAAGCCGUCCCAAUCCCAACCCUACUCCCUUGCCUCCCCCUAAUGACAUCGCCUGGCGGCGUCUUCUCCGCCGCGCUCGUCGCCGAGGACUUCCCUUGGGUGGACAUGGAGGAGGAGAUGGGGAUGGCCCCGGACAUGUACCGCGAGGUGUUCGACCUCGCGCAGCGCGGGACACGAGCCUUUCGCGACCGCCUCUUCGACGAGGCAAUAUCCUGUUACACUAAAGCUCAAAAUUUGAGACCAGAUCCAAUUAUCCUUGGCAAUCGAAGUUUGACUUUCUGCCGGUUAAGUCAACUGUUGAGGGAGAGAUCAGCAGCUGACUCUGAAUAUCAGCCCUUGAAUGGCCUUGAUCCUACAACUCAUGCAGAGUUAGCUCUGAAGGAUGCAGAGAAGAUAUUAUCUAUCAACAGUAAUUCUCCUAGACCAUAUAUUCUCAAGGCAUAUGCGCUAUUUCUGAUGGAGCAUUACCAUGAGGCACGUGAGACCCUUCUUGCUGGUCUUCAAGUUGAUCCCCUCAGUCAUGUCUUGCAAACCUGUCUGAAUGAUCUGGAUAGGAAUACAAAUAUUGCAGCUGGGGCAAGGCGUGCAAGGUUAGCUAGGAUUGAUGAUUUUGAGUGCACAUUAUGCUUUAAGCUAUUGUAUGAACCUGUCACUACACCAUGUGGCCAUUCAUUUUGUCGCUCUUGUCUACAUCAGUCAAUGGAUCAUGGUAAUAAGUGCCCCAUGUGUCGGACAGUAUUAUUUAUCGGUCCAAGAACAUGCCCUAUAAGUGUAACAUUAAGCAACAUAAUUCAGAGAAAUUUCCCAGAAGAAUAUGCUGAGAGGAGGUCAGAACAUGAGACUAUGACAUAUGCUGGUGUUGAUUUGAUGCCUCUCUUUGUCAUGGAUGUUGUACUUCCAUCCCAAAAGAUGGCACUGAACAUAUUUGAACCUCGCUACAGACUGAUGGUACGGAGAAUAAUGGAAGGGAACCAUCGGAUGGGAAUGGUUGCUAUUGAUUCGGCAACGGGUACUGUAGCAGAUUGUGGCUGUGAGGUGGAAAUUUCAGAGUGUGAACCACUUCCAGAUGGGCGCUUUUAUUUAGAGGUGGAAGGCACACGUCGGUUUCGUAUCGUGCGAUCAUGGGAUCAAGAUGGAUAUAGAGUUGCUGAAGUUGAAUGGUUGAAAGAUAUACCUCUGCCAGAAGGUUCACAAGGGAGAAGAGAACUAAUGGAACUGGCCAAUGGAGCUUCAGAGCUGGCCAGGGCAUAUAUCAGACAUGCUAGAGAUACCGUACGGACUGCAAGGCGAACAAGACAUCUGGAUCUUGAGGGCAUGCCUGGGCCACAGGACCCGGAAAAAUUUAGUUUCUGGCUAGCCAACUUGAUAAGUUUGAGGCCCUCGGAUAGAUUAGAUACGUUACGCCUUCGCGACACUAGGGAGAGAAUUUCUAGUAGCAUCAGUUUGCUCCGUGAUUCCGAACAAGGCUGCCGUGUACAAUGACGGAAACAGUACAAGAAUCGUUUCCACAGACCAAUUCGUUCGUCUAGGAGUAUAUCGAUUUGGAGCUACUCCGUGAUUCCGAACAAGGCUGCCGUGUACAAUGACGGAAACAGUACAAGAAUCGUUUCCACGUACCAAUUCGUUCGUCUAGGAGUAUAUCGAUUUGGAGCUACACCGUGAUUCCGAACAAGGCUGCCGUAUACAAUGACGGAAACAGUACAAGAAUCGUUUCCACAGACCAAUUCGUUCGUCUAGGAGUAUAUCGAUUUGGAGCUAGGGAUGUAAUAUGGUUCAGAAAAUAUCUGUCCAGAUCCAGACUCGAAGAUGGUGAAUACUGGUUCGGAUAGAAUUUUCGGAUAUCCGGACUUUUUUCGGAUAACGGAUAUAAAUACGGAUAUUUUAUUCGGAUAUUGAAUUCGAAUACAAUAUGUUUGAUAUCUGUCGGAUAUCAAAUAUCCAGAUA